CGAUCGAUCCAUUAAUUUUCCAUAUCUUUGGCUUCAUUAAUUGUCUCUCUAGCUGCAAUUCUUUCCUUAAUUUGUUCUUUCUUCUGGCAACAGUACGUGCACACUGUAGCUAGGAGGAGGAGGAUCUCUACUCUAUCUGUUUCAUUCAUUCAUUCAGAUAUAUACGUUUCUUUCUUUCUUUCUUUCCCUCUAAUUAAUUAGUCUUAUGAAAGCGCUCCUCUUAAUUCCCAGAGGGUAAAAGAAAGAAACCUGAAAUCAAAGAUAUAUCCUCGAUCGGCUUCGGAUACACUCACUAUAUAUAUAUAUAUACCCAGCAACUCGAUUGAAUUCAGUGAGAGGUUAAGGUUCGAGAACAAUAAUAUUUAAACAAAACCCAAAAAGUAAUAUAUAUAUAUAUAUAUAUCUGGGAUCCAGACGUACGGAAGAGAAGAGAAUUGAUCGAUGGAUUCAAUAUCAGGAGCCGAAGCACCGGAUCCAGAUGGCGGGGAGGGUCCAUCUUCAGCACAAACAGCCGCCGGAGGCUAUGGAGGGUCCAAUACUGCAGCGUCGCCACCCAGCAGAUACGAGUCGCAGAAGCGCAGGGACUGGACCACUUUCUUGCAGUACCUGAAGAACCACAAGCCGCCAUUGACGCUGGCCAGGUGCAGCGGCGCCCACGUGAUCGAGUUCCUCAAGUACCUCGACCAAUUCGGGAAGACCAAGGUUCAUGCCGCCGUUUGCCCUUACUUCGGCGACCCGAAUCCGCCGGCGCCUUGUGCAUGUCCGCUGAAGCAGGCGUGGGGCAGCCUGGACGCCCUCAUCGGCCGACUCCGCGCCGCCUACGAGGAGAACGGCGGCGCCCCGGAAUCCAACCCCUUUGGACACAAAGCGGUGAGGAUUUACCUGAGGGAGGUGAGAGAAGGCCAGGCCAAGGCCAGAGGGAUUGCGUACGAGAAGAAGAAGCGGAAACGGCCUGACACGGUCGCCUCCGCGGAGGUGGAAGCAACCACUGCGGCUGCCGGCGAAGAGAGUAGUGGCUGUGCUGCUACUACCAUUCCUACAACUACAGUAGUAUAGCUCCUACUACUGAUGAUGAUCUUUAAUCAAGUUCAGAAUCUGUUCUUAACAAGCUACGAUUAGGAGAUCAUUGAAAUGUCGAUCGAUGCUCUGCUUGUGUACGUAAUUGGAUCAAUCCUCUUGCUUCUUGUUUAGUUAUUAUACAUACUCUGUCUCUGUCAAUAUACAUACAUACAUAUAUAUAUAUAAAUAGAGCGAGGCAGAGAGAGAGAGAGAGAGAGAGAGUACUGG